AUGCACUAUAAAAGAGGCAGAAUCCUGCUUCUUCUGUAUGUUGAUGAUAUAAUUGGCACCGGGAGUCACACUGCACUAAUUUCAGAAAUCAUUGGUGAACUAGGGAAGGAGUUUGCUAUGAAGGAUCUUGGUCCUCUGCACUUCUUCUUAGGUACCGAGGUCACCUACUUUACUGGAGGAAUUCAUCUGAAUCAAAGUAAGUAUGUUGUAGAAUUACUUGCCAAGAAUAGCAUGGCACUUGCUAAACCAAUAAGUACACCUCUAGCACAUAAGCAUGGUCUACAAGAGACUGUGGAUGAUCAAGUGGAUGCUUCACUAUACAUGAGUAUAGUUUGCAGUCUGCAGUAUUUAACUCUCACAAGGCCAUACAUUGAUCAUGCAGUGAAUUUGGCAAGUCAAUUCAUGCAAAGUCCAAACAACACUCUUUACCAAGCUAUAAAAAGGAUCCUUAGAUAUGUGAAGGGCACAACUGAGUAUGGUUUAAGAAUCUUGUCUCAGUCACCAUUCAGGUUAUAUGGUUUCUCUGGUGUAGACUGGGAAGGGUCCUAUGACUAG